AUGAAUGUUGAAUCUUCGUUUGCGAAUGAUGACAUUGUUGAAGAGGAGGAAUAUGAGGAUGUCGAUGAGGAAGGAGAAUGGUUGAUUGAACCGCGCCCUACUAGUCGGUCGACCAACUACACCAUAGCGGAGGCCAAGUUGCUUUGCAAGCCAUGGUUGACAAUUAGAAUGGAUCCAACAACUGGCUCCGAUCAAACAAGAGAGACCUAUUGGAUGAGGAUGAAGGAGUACUUUGACGCCAACAACACAAGUGAGAAUGAGCGGAGCGUGCGUUCUCUUCGGUCUCGUUGGUCAGGCACCAACACGGAUUGUCAAAAGUGGGCGGACGUGCAAGCCAGUAUUGAUGUCAUUAACCCAAGUGGCACAAAUGAUAUCGAUAGAGAUGUGGGAAAGAAGAACAAGAAAGACAACAAGAUUCUUGGCAAGCCAUUCACGAUGCAUCAUUGCUAUGAAGUGCUAGGGAACGAAGAAAAGUGGAAGACCCAUGGGAAAUUGGAUGCGGCAACCAUGGCCGCCAAUGCAACCGGUGAAGCAACAACCAUCGAUGAUGAUGACUCAAGUGAUGAAGGCAAGAAGAGAAGCUCCACUCCUCACUCGGUUACCAAUGCAAGGAGAAAUGUGCUUGGUAGGAAGACCGCCAAAGAUAUGAAGGAAAACAAGGCCAGAGAUGAUGACAUAGAGAUUUCUAUGGAUAGGAUUACAAAUGCAAAGUUGCAAGCAAAUGAAGAUAGGAAGGUGGCAAGAAACUUGGAGAAAGAGGCUAUGGAGGCUCGAAGAGCCGCUUUGGAAGAGAGACUUGCCGCCAACGAGGAGAGGAAGUUAGCAUUGGAGGAGAAGAAGCAAGCCAAUGAGGAGCACCUACGCCUAGUAGAGGAAGAGAGGAAUCUCUUCUUGAUGGACACUUUCAACUUGAAUGAAAGGCAAAAGAAGUGCAUCAACUUUGCUCACGAUGAAGUGUUGAUCAAAAAGAGAUUGUUGGCGGCCAAUAUGAACACAACCACGAUCGACAUGUUUAGAGGAGGCAUGUUUGGAGGAGGCAUGGGAGGCAUGGCCGACAUGGGAGGCAUGGCCAGCAUGGGAGAACCAAGCUAUGGAGGAGUUUUCGGAGGGACCAUGGGAGCACCGGUGAGUGGUGUCUAUCGAGCCAUGGGAGCACCACCGGAAGGAUUCAUGACCUCUAUGGAUCAUACUCUUCCUCCUUCAAGCUAA